AUGCAGAAGCGCGAGGUUCCGAUGAUGCGGGUGGUGCAGAAGGGCGGCCUGUGGGUGACUUUGGACAACCGGAGGCUGGCAGUGUACAAGAUGGCCAGACAUAGCGGCAAGUGCCGCGACGUAAAGGUGAACCUGGUUCAAUUGAGCGAUGUUGAAGGUGAGCUUCGGAAGAAGUCUGACUCACGAGUCGAGGGCCUUUCGGUGACCGUUCGGGGCACCAAGCGGACUGUCCACGCCGACGGGCGUGUGACCGAGGGCCCUCAACUGAGUGACGGGCAAUUGCAGCAUCGAGCUGACAUGGGCGGGCAUUGGACGCAAGAACAGCUCCAAGCCAUAGGGGAAGGCAUCCGGGACUUUGAGGCCGUGGUCAAGCAGGUCCUUGGACCCUCGGCGAAGCUUGUUCGGGCAGGUAGCUUUAUGAAGGGUACGGACAUCGCUGGUGAGUCUGACAUAGAUGUCAUGGUCUUUGGUGCAGGGCCCAUCACCGAGCAGCAGUGGAACCUCAUCGUUUCGGGCAUCAAGUCGAGAGGCUACGUGAUAGAUAGCGUGAAUCCGAGAUGCAUUCAUGUGACGGUGAACAAGUGCCUGGUUACUAUUGAGUUCGAUGUGGUUGCCAACCACCGACAGGGCUUUCCACCAAACAAGGAGCCGGAGAACCCUUUCCGGAACAACAGGGAAGCAGCUCGGGCAGUUCGCAACAUCAAGCUCGACUUCCAGGAGUCUGGUGAGAAAGGCUUCAGUGGGAACGACAUUGAGCAGGCAGUACUGAAUGGGCAAAAGACCCUUCAGCAGCCAGGCUUGGGAAAGCUCAUUGAUGCGGCCAAGGCUGCUUUGAAAAGCGAGCGGGCGCAGCAGUUGAAACGCCCGAGGACCGCAGCUCAUGAGAACGAUGCCUCUGCCGGCACGACGGACUUUAACACUCCCAUCGGGGAAGGAAGCUUCCGGAAGGUCUACAAAGGCCAGUACACGCAGGGAAUUCGUGCAGGGCAGGCUAAAGUUUCGAAGGUCUUCAAGGACGGCAAGGAAGCCUACGAGGAUCAGUUCUUCGACCAAGGCUACAGUCCAUCAAGAUAG